AUGCCUCACGCGGAAAACGGAACGAUGGGCGAGAACUCUGUUAACGGGGAGAAGGUCCAUUCUCACUUUCUCGAUCACUUGACAUCUUAUCCGGUGGUUUCAGAUUCCAUCACCGUCUUUAAGACCAACAAGUAUGGCGCAAAAUCACUGGAAUACGCGGAUCAGGGCUACAGCCGUCUGGCCAAGCCACUUCUCCCCUACCUCUCCAGGCCUUACGGCUAUGUUGCUCCAUACGUUGCUCGCGUGGACUCUCUUGGCGAUCAAGGCUUGGGCAAAGUCGACGAGACUUUCCCCAUCAUCCGCGAGGAUACCGACAAGCUGAAGGAAUCCCUCCGCGACGGAGCCACUUUCCCCCUGCGCUUCGCCGGUGACGUGAAGGCCCACGUGGUUGACACCUUGAACUCCGAGUACAAGAAGUGCGGAGGGGAUGGCCUCAUGGCCGGAAGCAAGGCGAUCAUCAGCACUAGUCUGGUCCUAUCGCAAGAGUCGUUGGCCUAUCUCAGCUCCCUGCUGCAGGCGAAGAAAGCACAGGCCAAGGAAGCCUCGCCCUCUCCCGAGAAUCUAACCGUUAAAAUAAAUACUACGCAAUUGACCGCGAGGUCGACUGCCACACAGAACGCCUCCCGCCGUCGGAGACGCGACUCCUCCUCCGAGGGCUACGCGGACGAGGGCUACGACAUCCGGGCCCCGACGAGCACCGACAUAAUGGUCAAGAAGCUGGUGCGCCUGGCCCUGGCCAGCGAGUACUCCCGCCAACCGCUCCGCCGCACCGACAUUAGUGCCAAGGUCCUAGGCGAGCAAGGGUCCCGGCAGUUCCGGAACGUGUUCGAGGAGGCCCAGCGGAUUUUGGGCGAGAAAUUCGGGAUGCAGAUGACUGAGUUGCCAGUGAGGGAGAAGGUUACUGUCAAUCAACGGCGAGCCGCCCAGAAGGUUGAAAAGGCGUCCUCAUCAAAUAAGUCUUGGAUACUCACCAGCCUCCUGCCGCCGGAGUACCGCAGGCCGGAGAUCUUGCGUCCUGGCAAGGCUCCAUUGGAAAGUACCUACACUGGACUUUAUUCGUUCAUCAUCGCUGUGAUCCUGCUGAAUGGUGGCGCGAUUCAGGAGCAGAAGCUUGAUAGGUACCUGCAGCGGACGAACACGAAUACCUACACACCGAUUGAUCGCACGGACCGGUUCCUUCAGCGUCUCUGUAAAGAGGGAUAUUUGGUGCGAAACCGCGAUGUCGAUGGCGGGGAAGAGGUGAUCGAGUACAUUCUGGGGCCGCGGGGCAAGACUGAGGUCGGGGCUCAAGGGGUAGCUGGGCUGGUUCGCGAGGUGUAUGGCCGUCAGGAUGCAGAUGAGUCUGAUGAGGAAUUUGAAAUUCGUCUGGCGCGAAGCCUCGGGUUCAAGGCGCCAGAAGGUCGUGCGGAGGCACCAGCCAACGAUGCCAAUGAAGACCAUUAA